AUGAGAAUAGUGUUUCAAUUACCAUCAAUCAUCACACAUUUAUCAUAUUUUAGAAUUCCAUUACCAGAUAUUUUACAUUGGAUGAAUAUUGAUAUUUCAUCAUCAGGUAAAACUAAAUUCACACAAAUUCCAUUAAACAGUGAACAAAAAGAAUUAGAAAUUAUUCUUAGAGGGAAUUUGAUUAGCAAACAAUUUCCACAAAUAAAAGUUGAUGAUUUUUUAUAUGAAUUUAAUCAACAAAUCAAAAUGAUAUUAAAUGAACAUUUCAAUACAUCACAUGAGAAUAUCAUUGAUAACUUCAUUAAUAAUACUAGAAUUAAUUUAGAUGAGUUAAUUGAAAAUACAGAAUUUUCAGAAAAGAGAGUGAAAUAA